AUUGUUUAUUGUGAUUUUUGCAAUCCCCUCUAAUCGCAUCAUCCUGUGGCUUCUGAAUUUUUCGGAUAAAGCUGGAGGAUAGAAGCUGAUUUUGUUUACGUGAUUUUUGGCUGUUCCUGAAAGCAGAAGGCCGGAACAGCGAUGCAAAUGGACUUAAAUGCCAUCAUAGAGAAAAUGGAAACGGGCGAUCAAGACGCCGCGCUGACAGCUUUACAGACCUAUAAUAAAGAGAAGUCACAGUGUUUUUCAUUUACCCCAGGGGAGGAGGAAGACAGAGAGAAUGGACAUUUGCCAAAGCGGCUGGGCGAGCUAGUGCUCGGCUUCCUGGAGCGAGACCUCCAGCCUUCAUGUCAGCUGGCCUGUCUGGAAAGCAUCCGCAUCCUCUCGCGUGAUAAGAAGUGCCUGGCUCCAUUCGCCACCCACCACGCCAUGCAGAUAUUGAUCCGACAUGCUGGAUUGGAUCAGGGUGAAGGUGGCAUGACACCCCACACGGAGAUCCCAGACCUGGAAGUAAUCGUGGAAGCUCUGAAGUGCUUAUGCAACAUCAUCUUCAACAGUGAAGCAGCUCAGGAGGCAGGCGCGGAGCUUCAGAUGAUCGUGGGAUUAGCAGAGAGGAUGAAACAGUGCCGCGAGCCACAAUGGAAUCACGACGUUCGAUUCUUCGACCUGCGGCUCACGUUUUUGAUUACCGCCCUCCGGGUGGAUGUGAGAGCCCAGCUUGCACAUGAUUUGCGGGGUGUUAGUCUGCUCUCAGAGGUGUUGGAUGCCACACUCUGCCUGUGUUGGCCUGACACGUAUGAGGUGGCCCGUGCGGGUGUGGACGGGUGCUCAGAGCUGUCCGAGUUGGGGAGGCAGGAGACGGAGCGAGCCAUGGAGAUCUUAAAGAUUCUUUUCAAUGUCACCUUCGAUUGCAACCGCCGUAAAGUGGACGAGGUGAGACUUAUGUGUUUGCAUCCACCACCAUUGAGUUCAACAGUACAUGCACUCUUUUUCAACAGUCUUGAUUCAGGAAGUAAUUUUCCCACUCAUUAUUUCCAUAGGGUUUUCAUAAUUUAAGUCCUCAUAGAAGAGUUCUAAGCCAUUUCUAAGCCAGUUCUAACCAACAAGCACCUUGGUGAAUCACAACAUUACAAACUUGAAUCAAAAAAAGAAUUUGAAAAGCAGAUGAAAAGACAAAGUCACAAGAAUGUGUACUUAACGUCUUUCAUGGGGGAAGGAAGAUGUAAUCUCAUUAAAAAUUAUGAAAAAAUUAUAAUAAUUUAAAUUUGUUGAUUGUAAGUAUAGAAACAAUGUAUAAUAAAUUAAUUGCAAAAUAUUUAGAUAUAAAUAUGUGUAUCAGUAGUUUGAGAGUGUGGGGAGACUGACUCGAUAGCGUCUUUCACAAUGCGUCAUGGAAGUGGGAGGUCGCUGUAGAGCUCUUUUGGUGCGCUUUGCCCCGAUUCGCUGAUUGGUGGAUCUUUCUAAGCAGGAUCAUGGUAAUGUAGUCAUUCACCACAAAUUCCGCUAUUAAAGGGAUAUUUCAGCCAAAAAUUACAAAUAUUUCAGCUCUGUA